AAAAAUAAAAUAAAAUAAAGGGUCAGAGCCGUGCUCGCGCCCGGGGUCUGCUGAGUGACCACGGCCACUCCACCACGGACGACGCCCCAUGGCGGAAGAGGAGCUGGAGGUGCUGAGGAGGCAGAGGCUGGCCGAGCUGCAGGCCAAGCACGGGGAUCCUGGCGAUGCAGCCCAACAGGAAGCAAAGCACAGGGAAGCAGAAAUGAGAAACAGUAUAUUAGCCCAAGUACUGGAUCAGUCAGCCCGGGCCAGGUUAAGUAACUGGGCACUUGUAAAGUCUGAAAAAACUAAAGCAGUGGAGAAUUACCUUAUACAGAUGGGAUGAUAUGGACAAAAUGAGAAGGUAUCAGAACAAGGUUUAAUAGAAAUCCUUAAAAAAGUAAGCCAGCAAACAGAAAAGACAACAACAGUGAAAUUCAACAAAAGAAAGGUAAUGGACUCUGAUGAAGAUGACGAUUAUUGAACUAAAAGUCC